ACGAUCACAACAUAAAUAAUAUCAGAUCUAGAGUCUAGUCUAGACUCUAAAUCUAGACUAUAAUAGAAAUUCUAAGAAAUCUAGUCUAGACCUAAAAUCUAGAUCUAGUCUUACUAGAGAGUCUAUUAAUCUUAUUCUCUAGUAGAUCUGAUGAUCUAGAUUCUAGUUAAUCAGUAGCCAUGGCAGCAGCAGCUCAAUUUCCAUUGGCAGCUGACAAUGGUCAGAAGGUUUCUUUAUCAAUGCAGAAGAAAACCUUUCAGGAUAUUUUAGAUUGCAUUGUCCAGUUAAAGAGUGACUUUUUUGAGAGCCACCAGCCAAUUACUGAUGACAAUGUUGUUCUUCAGAGAUUUUGUGCCAAGUUUGAACAUUUGAUUCAAGUUGGAAUGAAAGAAAAGGUAUCGCUGCUUGGGCGUAAGAAAGAUUAUUGGGAUUAUUUCAGUGAAUGUUUGGCUUCUUCCAAAGGAUCAAAUGAUGGCAUUAAAUAUGUCAGAAAUCUAGGAGAGAACAAAACCUCAUUAGGUAAAGGUAGAGCAUUCAUCCGCUUCUGUUUGGUCCAUCAGCGGCUUGCUGACACUCUGCAGCAGUGCGUGGUCCAUGAGAAAACAAAAGAUUGGUUUGUUCCUGGAAGUGUGUUUUUGAGUCCUAAGGAGUGUCAAGUCUUAAUCAACUCUCUGUAUGAUCUCAACUCUAUGCACUUUGACCUCUCACCCAGAGGUUAUGAUUUAGAUGCAGCAUGGCCCUCAUUUGCAAAUCGUAAACACGGUGGAAGUGGAUCAUGGAAUGUCCCUCUUAGCAGGCGUUCUAGUAUAACAAGUAUGGAUGCAAUUAGUCAGAUAAGUGUAUCUAUGGACACUGCUGAGGUCGACAGACUGGCUAAAGAUUUGGAAUCGGCACAGAGCAUAAAGAGUGACUUGAUUGGUCAGUUAGGAGUCCUGCAGCAGGAGAAGGAGCAGGUCAGCCAAGCAGCGUGGACAGCACAGGGAGAGCUGCAGGCGUUAGAACAACAGUUAUCUCUCCUGAGGACUGAGCAAACAUCUCUUCAUGAAAGAAACACUAAUCUUGAAGCAGAGUUGGUCAAACUAAAGCUUGAAAAAGAACACUUGGAGAAAUCUCACAGGGAGGAGUUAAGCUUACUUAAUGAGAGGUUCCUGGAAGAGGAGACCAGAAGAGUAAACCAGUUAAGGUCUGAGGAGGACAUCUGGAAGAAAGAGGUGAAAGAAGAAGGAAAGAGAAAGAAGAGAGAAAUAGAUAAACUCAUGCAAGAGCUGGAGUCCAAAUCAAAAGAGAUUGAAGCGGCUCAUGAAAGAUGGACACGGCUGAAUAAAGCAUUAAGAACUCUGUUUGUGGAUACUAAAGUCCGAAUCGACCAAGAUGACCUUGAAGCUUCCCUUGUACACUUGGCAGAACAUGUGAAUUCUUUGCAGAAACAGUUGCAGGAGGUCAAAGAGCAGACUUGUGCUUCUCAGUAUGUACUUCAAGAGGAACAAAUGGAAAAAGAUAAACAACUUGCUCUACUGGAAGGUCGAUGUUUAGAGAUGGAGAAGUCUAUCAAGGCUUCUAGCGACAAUGAGGUGACACUGCGCAGCAAGGUUGUCACCAUGGAGAUAGAGUUGAAAGGUGAAAGGGAGGCAGUGGCCAAGUUGGAAGCAGAGAUUGACUCACUCAAAGAAUGUCUGGCAGAAAGAGAAAGCCAGCUGGCCAGAAGUCAAGAGAGCGUUAGUGAAAUGGGAAAAAAACUCUUGUACAUGGAAGAGAGAAUUAACGAAGUCUGUAAUGAACGAGAUAUUGCACAGUUUGAACUGGACAAUUUAAGCAAGACUCACGCUGACCUCAGCAAGGAACUGGAGAUGAAAAGGUCAAAGUCUGACCAGAUAAAUGAUGAUCUACAGAGAAUCAAUGACCAAGUGGCACACCUGACGCAGAACUUAGAGGAGAGUAGGUCCGAAGUCCUCUCUCUGCACAGUGAAGUCAGUAGCCUAAAAGAAGCAUUGACAGCUAGAGACAAAGAAUUGUCAACUUUGAGUGAAACAUCUGACAGAAAGUUGCAAGAAUAUGAAUCGUCUUUGGCAGCAAAUGAAAAGACUAUUGAGGAAAUAACAGAUCAUUUGGCAGUAGCAAAUCUUUCUUUUCAAGAAGCUAAAAAUGAAGCAAGAGAAGCUGCCGCUGAAAUGUCAUCUCUGAAAGAAGAAUUAUCAAAAGUGAAAUGGGAAUCAGAGAAUAUGAUUCAAGAUUUGAGUGAACUGAACCCUAAAUGCCAAUGUUUAGAAUUACAAGUUAAAGAGUUAAAUGAAGAAAUUGCUAAGAAGGAGGGCAUUAUAGAACAGUUGCAGUCUACAGAGGAACAACUUCAGAAAGAACUAGCUUCAGCUAAUUUAAGUAUAUCUUCAUUAACGAAUGAAAUCACCUGCGUAAGAAAUGAGUUAAAAGAAAGAAAUGAAGAGAAAGAAAGGUUAAAGGUUGAGGUUUUAUCCCUUAAAGCGGAGAUGGAUAAUGUUAUUAGAGAAAUGAAUGCUGAAAAGGUCAGGGUCAUUGGACUUCUCAAAGAAUCCGAGGGAGUGAAACACUCAGAGAGUGAAAAAGAUGAGAAAAUUUUUAAUCUUUUAGUUGAAUUAGAAAAAAACAAGACUGACCACAAAGCAGCACUUGGCGUGCUGGAAAACCAAGCAGCUCAUUUGACAUCCAGAUUGUUAGACAAGGAACAGCUAGCUAGCACCCUGGUAUCAGAGAUGGGAGUCCUUAAAGAGGAGCUGCUUCAUGUGAGAAAAGAAAAGGAAGAACUUUCACAGAAAAAAAAAUUAGAAAUAGAGACGAUAAACUCUACAAGCAUAGAGUCAGAAGGCAAGCUGCGGGCUAUUAUAUCACAGUUACAGCUAGAAUUAGAAGAACUGAAAAGAAGCCAUGAAAAUGAGGUCAGCUCUUUUGUAGAAAGAGUUAAGUAUUUGGAGUCUCAGAAACAAGAGAGAGAACAGAUUCUGGAGCAGAAAUGUAUUGAUUAUGAGCAUAAAAUACAAGACCUAAAGAAAGAAGCUCUCAUAUUGACUACAAGUUGCCAGGAGGCCACAGAAAAUGUUGGUAGACUGAAUUCUGAGUUGGCUGCAUUAGCAGAGGAGAGGGACCAUUUGUUGACCCAGACUGAUGCAGCACUGGAAGAUGCUCUGCAGAUCAAAUCACAGUUGACGGAAACCUCAGAGCAGCUAGCUGUGUCCUACACCCAGCUUGAGACACUUACAAAAGAAAAGAGUUCUCUUUCGGCUUCUGUCUCCACGCUGACUGAGUCACUGUCCAACCUUCAGUUAGAAAAAGAAGAGCUCCACAGAGAGAUUGAGGCCCUGAAAGCCCUGUUGAAAUCAGCCGAAGACGAGUCUCAAGACAAGCUGCUUCAGAAACGAGCUUUGGAGCAGCAGCUGCAGGAAAUUCAGACUAAGUACGACCAUCUUGUCAAAGAAAAAGUAUUGCUGGCCAGCGAGAUAGAGAGCUAUCAAUCUCAGAGCCUGUUUAGUACACAGGUUCUUGAGGAGUCACUGGUUGAAGCCAGACUAGCACUUGACCAGGCCAAUAAUGAGAAGCUGGAAAUGGAAGAAACUUGUGAGUCAUUAAAGAAGGAAAAUGCUGAGCUAAGUUCUAAGUUGGACAAAGUUAAUGUUGAGAUGAAAGAGUUUCAGUUAAAGCUGGAACAAGAGAUCAAACAAGCAGACUUAAGUGAACUAAACAAGGUGAAGCAGGAGUUAGAAGAAGAGAGGAAAAACAAAGAGAUUUUAUCUGGAGAGAUUUCUGCUCUACAGUUUCAGCUGAGCGCAGAGCAAAUGCUCCACCCCAAUCAUCUACAGAGCCAUGGAGAUGAGGUAGAGAGUACAGAGGAACUUAGGGCUCGUGUCCUUGAACUUGAAAUUAUUCUGGAGCAAAUGGAAGAAAAGUGUGAAACUCUUCAGAGCUCUAAAGAAGUGGAUUCAGUCCAGGUUCAUGAUGUCAAGAAAUUGUUAUUAGCCAAACAAGAAGAGGUGGCUCUCUUGAAUCAGCAGCUGGAAAAUUUUGAAGGCAGACUGAAUGAAGAGCUAGAUAUACGAGAGAAGUUAGAAGAAGAUUUGGCUACAUUACGCUUUACGUACGACAGAGACAUUGAAGAGCGCGAGAAGGAAAUCAGUGUUCUUACGUCAGACAAUGAACAGAUAAAAAAACAGAUCAUUAAAUUGACUAAGGAUAAAGAUAGUCUUUGGCACAAAACAGACCAACUAGUUACUGAACAGAAAAGAAAGGUUGGAGAGAAAUGGCAGGACAAUGGGGAAGUAACUCAAUGUCCUCAGUGUAAGAUAGAGUUCUCCCUCUUCACAAGGAAACAUCAUUGUCGUUUGUGUGGGAGAAUCUAUUGUUACACUUGCUCUGACUUUUGGUUGGAUAGUCCUCACAGCAGUAAAAAGGUUCGUGUGUGUAAAUCUUGUCUUGAAUAUGAAAACUACCUCGGCUCAUCAUCUCUUUCAACCUCCAUGUUUGAUAAUGAAAGUGACGAGGAGAGUGAUACAGAGGUCAAAACAGCAGAAGGUGAAAGUUUACUAAGUGGACUCAGAACCAAUCAGAAGGUUUUUGUUGAUGCUGAUUUCGGGAGUGUGGUAGAUUACGAUGUUCCUGACGAUGACAAGUUCCAGAUUGUUUCCGAGGAAGAGGUGAUGAAGUCCAUCACAGACUACAACCAAUCAAUGAAUGAGGCCACCAUACCCCCAAACAUGACCUGCAGUGGGCUGCUUUUUGCUGAAGAGUUAGAGACAGGGGAGGUCAACAGACAAAAUGAAGUUUGGCUUAAGCCAGGAAAAACAUUUGCUGUGCCAAUAGACAUUGAAGAGGAGAGAACAGUCUUGCAUUGGGAAUUUACAUCGCACCCUAAGGAUAUAGUGUUUAGUGUGAACUAUAGGUCCAAUCAAAGUGUCAACAUUGCUGAUGCUGAGGCGAUUGUAGCCCCUUGCAAGUGUGACUCUCACAAGCAGACUGUCACAGGAGAGCUGACUGCUAAAACAUCUGGCAUAUACACACUCAUCUUUGAUAACACAUACUCCAGGCUGACGUCAAAGAAAAUUCAUUACAAACUGGCAUACAAGAAACUGUAACAUCUGGUGCUUGUGUAUACUCUGUGCAAUACUCAGAUUUUCGCAUUCAAUUUCAUGUUCCAUUUGUUGUAACAUGUGUAAUAUACUGAAAGUGUUACCAAAAGAAAUACAGACUAACAUUGUCAGCAACCUUUUUUUUUUCACAGGCUCUAAGUCAUUCAAACCUGUUUCUCUUUGAAAUAAUCUGUCUUAUUUAUCAUGGGAAAAGUUCUCUUGGUAAAUAAAAUCUUUAAAUUCUGUUUCUCUUUGAAAUAAUGUGAUAUUAUUUGUCAAUAAUGUGAUUUAUUUGUCAAGGAGAAAGUUCUCUUGGUAAAUGAUGUCUUAAACUGGUGCUCUUAUCCUAAACUAAUAUGUUAUACAGAAUUUAGUUUAUGCUUAAAGAUAUCUGUUGUUUUCAACCGGAAUAGUUGAAGUUUAUGCAGAGAUGUUUUAGUUAUGAACUAAGCUGCACACACGCUAUAUUCAGCAGCAACUUUAAACAAUUUUUCUAGAGCAGAUCACAAUGUUGAACUCAGGUUUCUCUCUCCUUUUAGCUAAAUCUUAGCCUGAAAUCAAAACAACGAAGCAGAUGUUAGAUUCUUGGGAUAUAUCCUUAUAAAGCUGUUUUGUAUUAAAUGUGCCAUUUAUUUAUUUAAAUGUUUUUGUGACAAAAGAUCUUCAUGUUCUCUAUCUUCUUGUAAAAUUGUUAAUUUCUGCAAAACAUUUUUAUGUGAUACAAACACAUAGACAUGAUGUUAUCUGUGUUAAUAGCCUAUGGUUGUACAAUAAUAAUUAUUUUUACCUUUAUGUUAUAAUUAUGUGUAGAGUGGUUCAAGCAAAAUAUAUAUUCUUGUAAUUCUUUUUUUCAAACAUUUCUCACAUCAUUUUUAUGUAAACGUUUCCACACCUUUUUUUUUGUUUACUUGUGUGUUUGUCUAAAUACUUUUAUUGAGCAUUAAUGUGAAAGCAAAACAUGCGAAAAAAGUAAAGUUCCCCUUUCAGACCUUGUGGUCUAUAGGGCAGAUGAUGUAAAGGUCAUCUGAUUCUGUGGCCUACGGUUAACGAGGGUGUCAUGUGGCCAGCACAACGACCAACCCCCUUUACUUUUCCCCAACUGAUGUCAGAUACCCAUUAGAGCUGGGUGGACUCAGAGGCGCCCAAGGAUCCCGAAUUAAAAAUCCCAGUCUUCACCAGGAUUCGAACCCGGGACCCCCGGUUCAGAAGCCAAGCGCUUUACCACUCAGCCACCGCGCCUCCUAAAACAUGAGAAGCUGUUUUCAAAAUUGAUAACAAUGUUCCUUUAGUGCCUAACAGUGGCUUCAGUAGUACAUGUUAUUAUAAUCAAUGACUUUGAAUAUGUCCAUUGUAGAAGUAUAUGGUGUUAAUGAAGACCUAUCAUUAUAUAUGUGUUUUUUUAUGCAUAUUUUUUUUUAAAGUAGCCAGAGAUUAAAAAUUAUCAGGCACACACACACACACACUUAUCAGCUUAAUUUCAAGUCAUUGCAUGGAUGGAAUUUUAAUGUGUAAAAAAUUUUUUGCUGUUGACCAGUUUAUGAUGACACUGCAUCAUAUAAAUUUAUUUCAUUGAAUAACUAGAUGUUUACAAAUUUGCGUGACUAAACACUGAAGGCAGUUAAAAUGGAUAGUGCACAAAAAUUGUAUGAUAAACAUUUUGAAAUGUUAACUCUCUGCCCUAUAAUGGUGCAUUCUUCUGAGUAUUCCCACUCAAAACAGCUUUCACAUUUGACCAAAGACGGUGUCUUUGUGGUAGCAUAUUGAAACUGGAGUUUUCACCUUUCUACUAGCUUGUCUAGUGAAAGAUGAUACUAAUUCAGCUUGAGGGUGUGAAAAGAAGACAGUGUAAUACUAAGUUACUAUAUAAUGGUCUAUUAAAAAAAAUGAAGAAAAUGAGUAUUUAGAAUAUGUUUUGCAUUGUUAAAAGACAGUACCGGAAGUUACUGUACCUACUUAGUGCAUGUGAUAGAUUUAUUCUUUAAAACAAAGUAUACAAUGGACUUCAUAAUUGUUUUUUUUUUUUUGUGUGUAAUUGUGAGCACACAUUAAAAAUGUUUAAGAUUGCUGUCUUCUAGGUUAGAAUGUGAAUAGUUAUGUAUACAAAGGUUGUUUUGAAGGCAUAGAGUUAAUGUGAAUAGUUAUGUAUACAAAGGUUGUUUUGAAGGCAUAGAGUUAAUGUGAAUAGUUAUGUAUACAAAGGUUGUUUUGAAGGCAUAGAGUUAAAGUCACUUUUAUUGGACUGAGUUGAAACAUCAAAAUCAUCUACCAGUAAUUAAAACUAUUUAAUUCUUUUUUUUGGUGAUGACAAAGUCAGUGUUUGCAUUCCUUGCUUACUUUUAAGUAGUUCAAAUUGAAAAUAAGUUUAUGAAUUACCCAAAAACAAAUCUUACAACAAAUGUAGCCAUUCCCAGAAAGUUGUUUUUUUUAUUAUUUAAACACUAGGUAAUAUUUAGAUAAUACAAGUUUAGUAGAUGCUUUAAUAUGCAUGACUGAAUGCAUGACACAUAGGACGUAAUCAUCUUCUUUUUUGAAAUAAUGUCUGUAUUAUAUAAGAUAUUAUGUAUUAAACUAAUGUAAGUUGGAAAAAAAUUGGAUGGAAGGAACAUGUUCUGAAGGAACAUGUAAAACAUAUAUAAGCUGCCUAUUCAGAUUUACAGCAUGUCAUGAGUCUUAAUAUUUCAUGACAACUUACAGUCAAGAUGAUGUCUUUCUGUGUGACUAGAAUGUAAUUGCAAAACAGUGAAGUUAACAUUGUAAGCUUCAUGCUUGGGUAAAGUAAAGUUCCUCUUUCACAUCAUGCGCUCUAUAGGUCAGAUGAUGUAAAUGUCAUCUGUGUCUGUGGCCCACUGUUAACGAGGGUGUCAUGUGGCCAGCACACAGCGAACCAACCGCCUUUACUUUUACCCUAGUAAUGUUAGGCAUCCAUUAAAACUGGGUGGACUUAGAGGUGCCCAAAGAUCCCCAAAUUAAAAAUCCCAGGAUUUGAACCCAGGACCCCCAGUUUGGAAGCCAAGGGUUUUACUGCUUGGGUACUUGCAGUCAUUCAAAGGCAACCUCAUCAUCUAUCAAAAACUACAACACAGCUUGUGUGUUUAUCAAUACUGCUUCAAAGUAUCAACAAUUUCAAAUAGUUCAAAAUAGAAGAAAAAUGUUUUGUUCAUUUUGGAAGAAAUCUAAUUCCUUGAGAUCCAUGAUAGAUUUUUUUGGCCAUGACUAUAAAAGUUAAUUUUAAACAGAGAGGCUUUUAUACAUCAUGACAUUCCCCUCAUCUUAUAUUUCUGGUUGGUCAACAGAAGUUAUCAGAAUUGUGCUUAAAAAAACUCAGUGUUUGUCUACUUUCAUUCAUUCUGUUUAAUUCAUUUUAAUUGAUCUUACAAUUGAAUAAAAAGGAAACAGAAGAAUUGAUUGAUUUUCUUUUAAAAUGACAACAGUGUCUCUAUUGGUGAAUACUUUCAAAUGGUAUUUACAACAUUGUAAUCUAGCCUGGUAUUCCAUACAAAUGUAAAGAGAAUAGAGAACAAAAAAUUGUAUAGAAGUGUCUUAUUGAAACACCUAAGUGCUUUGUGUAUAUCUAGUUUUUUUUUUUUUCUCUUUCCAAUGUGGUGAAACCUGAAGCGUUGUUAUUAUUCUAUGGCAGAAGUAAAACUAUGCAUAGUGAAUCCUUCCAUUAGGAAAGUCAUGUUAACGAAUAUUGAGCAAAUGUAAACACCCUAUGUAUACUGACAUGUAUAAUAUUUUUAAAAUGUAUAUUUGUUUCACAGAUCAUCGCCAUGUUGUAUCAUUCUAUUAUCAUUUUAUCAAAUAUUAUUUUUUAAAUUGCAUUGAAGUGAAGGUCAUGUCUUGGCCAGUAUUUCAUUAGUGAUAUAGCUUAAUUAAUCAAGUUUGUUUUGGGGGAAAAUCACUUCUAAAAAAAAAAAUGCAAUAUUAACUUAAUAAAUUUUCUUGCCAUAAUUCUUAUUUGUGAUCAGCAUUGUUUAUAUUAAACAGGCCAAUAAAGA